AUGAGUCCCAUACUCUGCAAGGACACUGAACAUUAUGUUCCUUUGACAUGGUUAUGGUCCAUCUCUGAGCCAGAGUUCGUCUUUGAUAUUGUCUGUGAAAAAAGGAAGAUUGGAGGGUCCUCAAUUUCUUGGCUCUACUGCUGUGUGCUCCUGGAUGAAUUAAGGAUGCCGUGUAGUGUAAAAUUUGUGUUUUAUGUAAUAAUUGAAAUAUUGAAUUGA